UCAAAUUGAAACAAAGAGUUAACAUUUAAAUUGAAUGCACACGAUGGCUGAUAUGAUUCAAAAGGACACUGUCAGCCUUUCAAUCAACUAUCAGGAGAAGGAAGUUAGAGGCGAAUACGAUCCAGAGAAGUUCACAGUACGCCUCAAUGGGCAAAAGGAUUUGGAGCAACGAUUGAAGGAGUUUAAGGCCGCCUGCGAUGCACACGAGAAACAUGCCCGAAAGCGUCGAAGGCGUUGCUACUAUCACAUUGGUCUUAUGGCCAAAGUGGUGAUGGAGACGACGCACGAUGAGCUACGCCGUCUGCUGGAGCACGGUACCUACACUUUUCACGUGGACAUGGUGGCCUUCAAGUCAGAGGAGCUCUCCAUCAUACUGGAAACCCUAAGCAUUGCAAUUUCCGCCCACACCAAUGAACGGGAAUUGCGCAUUGCGACGGGAUUAGCGAUUGAGAUCAACGGGGAUUGCUGUCGGGUGGGUCGACUGAGAAAUAACUGUACCACAAUGCUUGCACGCGGCUCGGUGGUGACGCUAACAACUAAUACCGCCUAUCGCUAUGCUGGCUUCCGCGAGAUUGUCUAUGUGAUUAAUCUGGGCGUCUAUCUCAAAUCUGUGCGUCUAAAUGAUAUAAUUCUAAUUGGAAAGGAGGUGCGUUGUCGUGUGGUUAAGACACUAAAGGAAGCUUUGGCUGUUCUGAUUAUCGAUGCAGGCCUGCUGGCCUCUUAUGACUUCAUUGAGCUGCCACGGCAGUGUCAUUCUUUGGCGCCCGAAGUUUAUCCCGAUUUGUUUAUGGAUGAUCUGAAGAUGGCUGUGCUGCUCAAGGCUAAUUUUGUGGUGCUGCCCAAAAUACGCUGCAAGAAUUUUUUGCGAGCAGUUCGCAUGGCUAUUAAUGAAGAGUUUGAUCUGAAGCUAAUUGGGUGCAUCGAUUUUGAGUAUGUGCGCACCAAUAUGCUAGAUUUGCUGGGUAUUAUCAAGCUGCUGGACUACAUCUGGAUACCGGACAUGUUCAAUGUCAAUUGCUGUGUGUACAAUUACAUUAUGGAGGAUGCACUGCCGAUUGCCCACUGCCAAAAGAAGCCAGUGAUUGGCACUGUGCCGCUGGAGCGAUGCAAUGACCUCAAGCGAUUCGAGCUGCAUGAAUUUCUUUGGAAGAUCGAUACGAUACACAUGCAGAAGAGUCCGUGGUGCAACAAGUAUCCGCUGAUCGUAAAAAAACUAAUGCCUAUUAAGGACUAUCGCGUAGGCGUCGUGCAGACGCAGCAGCAGGUGAAGAGCAUCCUCACCUCCUAUCAGACGAUUGUGAACUUUAUAAUACGAACAAUUGCGACAAUCGAGUGCCAGGCGAUAUUCGUGUUCACCAAAUGUGAGAAUGCAAGUGUUGCAUUGGCGCGCACAGAGAUUUAUUGUCCCGUUUAUAUGAUGAUGCCACUGAACGAAUACGAUGACGAGACAUCCAUCAAAUGUAAGUUCGAUUUGGCCCGUGCGCUGCACUUGCGUCGCAACACGCAUCCCAUUCUGUAUACAGCCGAUCUGAAUGAAUGCAACUAUAGCCCCAUUGAGUUUGGGGUGGAUUAUAUGCGUCGCAAGGGCUGCCUGGAAGUAGGCGAUUUCGUUGUGACUCUCGAGGUAGGCAAGGAGGACAACGAGAAUAUUGUGCUAGGCAUUGGCGAGGAUGUCUGCAUUUUGCGCGCCUUCUACGUCGCUCCAGUUUUCAAUUGCGAGAAAUUCAAAUAUGGUACAUGAUUUCGGAUUGUAGUUAACAAACCACUGCGUGCAGUUGUACAGAGACAUUUUCUUGAGAUGCAUCUAAAUUAAACGUAUGAAAUGUAAUU